AAAGAUUCUCCUUCACUGAAACAAGAACAUUUUUAACUCAGACAUUCACGAGCGGCGUGGUCUUGCGACUUCGAGUGCCUGUGACGUUUCUCAACUAAGCGGGAUUAGCCUUAAAACGGCUUAGUGACGCUUGGCUUGGCUGAACAACGGCGACUGCAGCGCCCAAAGUCGUCACUCUUCUUCGUGCAAUAACUCUCUCUGCCAACAAAACCACACCCCACGACCACCGACACUCGACUGAACACGGAACAACACCGGACACACACAUCACACAGCUGCCAUGGCUCUCAAGCGAAUCAACAAGGAACUCACAGACUUGGGCCGUGACCCUCCCUCAUCAUGCAGCGCUGGCCCCAUCGGUGACGACCUGUUCCACUGGCAAGCGACCAUCAUGGGCCCUGGCGACUCUCCAUACUCCGGCGGCGUCUUCUUCCUCGCGAUCCAUUUCCCCACAGACUACCCAUUCAAGCCACCGAAGGUCAACUUCACCACCCGUAUCUACCACCCGAACAUCAACAGCAACGGCAGCAUUUGCUUGGACAUUCUCAGAGAUCAGUGGAGCCCAGCUCUGACCAUCUCGAAAGUCCUGCUCUCGAUCUGCUCCAUGCUCACAGACCCGAACCCAGACGACCCGCUGGUGCCCGAAAUCGCACACGUCUACAAGACCGACCGUUCUCGAUACGAGGCUACCGCGAGGGAGUGGACUAGGAAGUACGCCAUCUAGGGGUCGAUGUUAGAAAGGGCGAUUGUUCUGGGCUUUCAGACACACGACCGAUUUUGACUUCGGCGUAGAGGAACCCGGGAUGGCAUGAAAAAAUCCUCGAGGUCAGCAUCAUAUUGGACUUCGACGAGCGGGCCAGAUUCGCAGGUGUGUGCGAUUACUGCUGCGGAGUGGGCUUCUCGGUUGUGCUUUACAGCGAGUAGCUUAGGCGGCAUUAUGCUAUGCGGAAGUGGUUGAUGAGACACUACUAUUGCAUCAGGACUUGACUUUGUUGCUGCGUUCUGGGUGUGUGCUUUCUUCAUACAUGGGCUGCGCGUUAGGGAGAUAAAUGCUACUGCUGGUUUUCGGAUGAUCCU